AAUUGAAACCUAGCAGCCCAGCCCAUGACAUGACGCUGCCAAAACGGCAAGUCCUCUGUCGUUUUGUGGUUCUUUUUUAUUAUCGCGAAUCCAAGGCCUCAUCCCUGACUGCGACACAGAUCUUCCGUCUUCAGCUUUUCCCUCGAGUUUUCUCCUUCUUUGCGAGAUACACUGGAAUUCCAACCAUAUUCUCACAUGGUUGUUAAUAUCGGUACCUAACCAACUUCCUCGUAUCUGUAUGUGGACUGCAACUGUUCCUCUGGAGAUGAACACAGAGCCGAGAGGAAAACAGACAGACAAUCAGAAACCUUAAACCCCAUUCCAUGCUCAAUAAAUGGAAGCGACUCAAUUUUCCUGGAAAGUUCCCUUUUUUAGCCUCCCUGUCUUCCCUCAUCGUCUCCAAAUCUUCUGUCUCCGUUGCUGCAAAGAUAGAGUAUGAACCUACCACCUGCAAGACCACAGCGGUUAACCCGAAUCCAAGAGACCCCGUCAAUGAAAUCCUGUUGGGUUUUAGGAGCUUGGGGUUUAGAAGAUUUAUUGGCGGACAUUAUUUUCGAAGCAUAAUCUCUAUGUUGAAUCACGCUCAAGUCGAUCGGAUUAUCGAUUAUUUAAGAGUUGAGGAUGCGGAGUCUGCAGUGGAUUUUUUCAAUUUGUUGAAGGAUGAGUUUGGAUUUCGGCAUUCGAGGGGUUCGCGAUUUCUUGUAUCGCAUGUUUUGGCGAAAGAGAGGCGGUUGAGGGAGCUGCAUUUGAUUUUGAAGCAACUGCUGCAAGAUGAAGGUUCUGGCUCAGCUCCUUCACUUUGUGAAUUUCUAUUGGAUAGUUUCAGGGACUGGGAUUCAAAUGGUGUGGUGUUGGAUAUGUUGGCCCUUGCUUAUUCAAAAUCUGAAAUGGUUUAUGAUGCCCUAUUUGUUCUUGCAAUGAUGAAAGAUUUGAACUUGCAAUCUUCGAUCCAAACCUAUAACAGUUUGUUGUACAACUUGAGGCACAAUGAUAUAAUGUGGGAUGUGUAUAAUGAAAUAAAAGUUAGUGGGACACCCCAAAGCGAGCAUACUGAUUCAAUAUUAACAAAUGGUUUGUGUUGUCAAUCCCGGGUACAAGAUGCAGUUUCCUUCCUGCGAAAUACUGAAGGGAAGGUUUUUGGGUCUUCUGUUGUUUCCUUCAAUACCAUCAUGUCGAAGUACUGUAAAUUGGGUUUGGCAGACGUUGCAAAAUCAAUUUUUUGUUUGAUGAUUAAAUAUGGAUUACACCCUGAUGUAUACAGUUACAAUAUUCUUAUUCAUGGGCUAUGUGUUGCUGGUUCCAUGGAAGAAGCAUUAGAGUUCAAAGAUGAUAUGGAGAAGCAUGGGAUAGGUCCUGAUAUUGUAACUUACAAUAUCCUUUGCAAGGGGUUUCAUCUACUUGGUUUGAUGAGCGGGGCUUGGAAGGUUAUACAGAAUAUGUUACUUAAAGGGGUGAACCCUAAUCUUGUUACAUAUACAAUAUUGAUAUGUGGGCAUUGCCAGACAGGCAAUAUUGACGAAGGAUUGAAGCUGGGCAGGGAGAUGCUCUCACGGGGAUUUCAGCUGAGCAUAAUCUCAUACAGCGUGUUGAUCAGCUGCUUGUGUAAAAGUGGACAGGUUGAUAAAGGGUUGGAGUUAUUUCAUGAAAUGGAAGCUAAUGGCUUGAAGGCAGAUCUUAUAACGUAUUCAAUUCUCAUCCAUGGUCUCUGUAAACAGGGAGAAGUUCAAAGGGCUAUGCAAUUAUAUAAUGAAAUGUGCUCAAAAAGUAUCUCUCCUAACUCAUUUGCUCAUGGUGCUUUUCUGUUGGGUUUUCGUGAGAAAGGGAUGAUAUCUGAUGCAAGAAUGUACCUUGAUGCUGUGACAAUGAGCAACUUGACUCAGGAUAUUGUAUUGUAUAAUAUUAUGAUUGGCAGUUAUGUAAAAUUUGAUGAUAUUGAGGAGGCUGUACGGUUAUACGAACAAAUAAUUCGACAUGGGAUCACACCUACUGUGGUCACUUUUAAUUCUCUUAUAUAUGGGUUCUGCAGAACUGGAAGGGUAGCUGAGGCUAGAAGAUGGAUGGAUACCAUCAAGAGUUAUGGAUUGGAACCAACUGCAAUAACCUACACAACUCUUAUGAAUGCAUACAGUGAAGAAGGAAAUAUGGACACCGUGCUUGCGUUGCUUCAGGAGAUGGAAGAAAAAGUAAUCAGACCUACCCAUGUCACUUACACUGUAGUAAUUAAAGGACUUUGCAAACAAGGGAAGCUGCAUGAAUCUGUCCAAUUACUGGAGGAUAUGCAUGGUAAAGGGAUUACCCCAGACCAAAUCACAUAUAAUACCAUCAUCCAGUGCUUCUGCAAGGUAAAAGACAUGAGAAAAGCCUUUGAAUUAGUGGAUGAGAUGUCACUGCAUAACCUUGAGCCUACGCCUGCUACAUAUAAUGUUCUCCUUAAUGGCCUUUGUGUAUUUGGUGACUUAAAGGGAGCGGAUGGGCUGCUAAUUUCUCUUCAGGAACGAAAUAUCAAGUUAACAAAAGUUGCUUACACCACUUUAAUCAAAGCACAUUGUGUGAAGGGAGAUGCAAGUAGAGCAGGUGUGUUAUUUCGAGAAAUGGUGGAAAAGGGAUUUGAAAUAUCAAUAAGAGAUUAUAGUGCUGUGAUCAAUAGAUUGUCUAAAAGGGGUUUGAUAACGGAAACGAAAUUCUUUCUUUCCAUGAUGUUAUGUGAUGGCGUUUCUCCUGAUCAAGAAAUUGGGGAAGUCCUGCUUAAUGCUUUCCAUCAAGGUGGUGAUACCAAUUCAGUUCUUGAACUACUUGGUCAGAUGAUCAAAUUGGGCUUACUUGGUGAUUGACAUAGAAAGAGGUGACUCUCAUAAAACAUUUUCUCGUUGGUUGCUACUGAAAUGAAGUAAAUGAGAUAUAACAUUACAGUUUCACACUUCGGCCACGAAAGUUGUUGAAAUUGUUCUUAUGAACAAAUCUAACAGUUUCACAUUCACUUUAUAUCCCUCUGGGGCAAGCACAUCCAUCAACGGGGAUUGCAUUCCAGUAGCAAUUGGAUACCAAGGAAGCCAAAUGUGGUGCACCUUUUCGCAAAUUUCUUUUCAUGAAGUGGUAAAGCACCAGGAUGAAUACAUUACCAUCAGCGAUACUAUGAACCGGAAGAUCUUCCUGCAAAAGAGAUGAGAAAAAGGCUCAACAAGGAGAUCUGUUGACUGUUUCGAAAGUGUUGGAGUGGGGUGUCCUGUUUUUUUACAUUCUUAAUGUUUGGACCUAUGCAGGGCCUGGGGAGUGCAGAAUAGACGAGCUGAAGAUGGAAAUUUAAGUUAUUUGGAGCCUGGAGGCCAGGAAGCUCUAAGACGUUGAAAUGAAAAGGCUAGCUAAGGUAAAUACCAAAGGUGCUAUGAAAUAAAAAAGAGUUAAGACUGUAAUGCCUUCAAUUAUUUUAGGUACAUUUUAGGUUCCCUCUUGAUAAGCUCUGAAAGCUGUGAGUGUGUGUGUAAGCUCGGGAAUCUGUGUGUCUCUGUGCAGACGGAGUGCUUUCUUUAGAUGUCUUUAGGCCUAAGGAAGGAGUUCAUGAAUCUUAUUGAAGACAGAUGCUGAGUUUGGGGCCUUCUGCACUUCUGAUGGGUUUCUUCAACCUUGACUCCGUAGAGCGCUAUUCAAAGCUUUGAGUAGUACUAUACGAAUGCACAAAAACACUGUGAAUAAAGCAUGGAAAUGAUUUCACGAAAAAACUCCUCUUCCAUUGGAAAUAUAUAUUCAGGAACAAAAGGAAAGGAAAAGAAUCUCUACUUCUGAAGAAUGUUACUCCAGUCAGGUACCGUUGCUUCCAAGAGAACUCUAAAUGCAGUAUCAUUUGAAUAUUAUGCUUCAAAGUGCUUGCAUAAUUUAAUUUCUUCAUUUAUUUUGAGGGAAGCUAUAUUAUGAUUAUGGCUUCUUUUUUUUUGUUCUGAAGAACUCCUCACAAGUUACGUAAGCAGAGCACAGUUCAAGACGAGCCAGUGCAUGGUUCUUGUGAAGUAUUUAGUUCCGAACUUAGUACUUGGUGUUGGUUUAGCAGAGUAACCUAACCAUGAUUCUUUUAGUUUUUAAAACUUAAAAACACUACUGAAUGUACCCUGUACCUACUUAUAAGAUUGCGUUUCGAGGAACGAAGGCAGUUGUGUAUAAUACAUUUCUCAGGUGCAGCAGCUCCAGUAAGCAUUGAAAUUUUUUUUGUAGA